CCGGUGGGCGCGGCCUUAGGGCGAGCAACAUGGCGGCCUUCAUGCUGGUCUUGGUGGUUUCGCCGUGGCCCGCAGCCCGGGGACUACUCCGGAACUUUUGGGAGCAACUGCAGCGGAAACUUCAGCCGAGCCGGCCAGGCCUUCCCCGUUCUCCAUGGGGGCCAGCAUUAGCGGUCCAAAGUCCAGCUACACUUACAGAAUCAGGAGGUGAUGCCAAUGGCAGUAAGAUUUCCAGCCUUUCGGAUAGUGUCUUUUGGAUGGCAGCUCCCAAAAACAGACGCAGCAUUGAAGUUAACCAGUGUAGGAGACGAAACCCGCAGAAGCUUAUUAAAGUUAAGAACAACAUAGACGUUUGCCCCGAAUGUGGUCACCUGAAACAGAAACACGUCCUUUGUGGCUACUGCUAUGCGAAGGUGUGCAAGGAGACAGCAGAAAUCAGGCGACAGAUAGGGAGGCAAGAGGGGGGCCCUCUCAAGGCUCCUGCGGUGGAGACGGUGGUUCUGUACUCCGGGGAGACGCCGUCCCGGCAGGAUCAGGGCAAGAGGAUCAUCGAGCGGGAGCGGAAGCGGCCCUCCUGGUUCACCCAGAACUGACACCAGAGGUGUUUUCGAGAGGAUAGCCUCACAUAAGACAUUUCCCCUGGAAACGAGGAAGAUUCUUUGUUUUCAUGUUGCUUGUGUGCUUUUUAAAUCACCACUAUAAUUUAAAACAUUCUCUAUAAGCAGUUUUUUUAUGGGUACUAUGAAGAAUGUAUCAAGAGUAAAAUCUGAAAAUGUUCGAUUACGCAGAGGCUCAAUGGAUUUAUGUGUCUGUUUUCAUUAAACUAUCAAGUUUUAGUAAACGUAAAAUUUCCAGGACAGGAAAAUGAAACAAAUAAUUUAAAAUUCACAGCCAGAAGUACGCAUUGGGGCUCUGGUUUUGUCUGUUGGCCGGUGGUUCUUCUACACAACGAUACUUAGGCAAAUGCUUUUGCUUAAGUAGCCCCUGGAAAUGGGCUGUUAGUUAAAUUCUGGGUAUUGUAUUUGGUAUUGUUUUUGGCAUGGUAGCUGUAACAGUAAGAAGAAGUUUGUUCUGUUUGGUUUUUUUGUUUGCUUUAGCAAAUUAAAAUUGCCUUUGCAUGGCACUUUAUUACAUUAA